UAAUAAAAUAAGAAACAGAAUGGUUUAGAGUAUUUUGGAGAAGGAUCCGUGAGAAAAGUUACAAACUGAUGAAAAAACAAUGAAUUCAUCAAAUUCACCAAUUUUUCUUCCAUUUUUGUUCUUCUUCGCCAUUUCUUCAUUUCUCGCUUUAGGUCAACAAACCGAAGAUUCUGAAAAUGGACAUGGAUUUGGACGCAGAGUUCUUAUGAGUUUCAAAGAAAAACCUUCAGGAAGUAAUCUUACCUUUGAUUGCGCUCCUUCUGGUCCUUGUGUUCCCUGCAUCUACUCUGAAAAGGGUGAUGAGAAAUAUCGCUGUAGUGAGACAGGGUACCGAAUUCCAUUCAAAUGUGAAGAGCUUAAAGAUUCAACGAAGGAUGCUAAGAAAACAAAACCUCAGAAAAAUCGGUCUACUUUGGAAAUUUCUAAUAGUAGUGCAAAACCUCAUAUAGUUGAACAUGUUUAUGGAGAGCUCAUAACUUCGCAGUCACAGAGAACAUUACUGGAUGAUUCUUCUGCUUCAGAUAAUAAGUCACAGGCUUAUGUCACUUAUAGAAGCUGUAUACCUGCAGAUACUGAAGAGAAGUUGUCAGUGCUUGGUUUUGAGAGUGUUGUGAUUUUCUUGUUGCUCAUUAGCGGAUCAUUCAUAUACCUGAGAAAAAAGAAGGCGGCUGCCAUGUCCGGUUAUGUUGCAGCAGGAAGGGGUCAGACAAACUCUCGGUAUUGAAAUGCAAACUGGCUGUACGAUGCGAUUUAUUCCACACUGAUUUAUUUUUCUUCAUUUUUUAACAACAAUGUAUUGUAAUAGGAAAUUUCGAGAUUCAGGUAGUGAUUUUAUAAAAUGUUGUAUACUAGUGAGUAGUGACAUGAAAAGUAGUGUUAUACCAUAAUUCAACCCAUGGCUGCUAAUAUGACCAAUUCUUAGGUAAAGUUAGGUUGUUCAAAAGCAAAACGCCUUAAAUAAUUUCA